UACGAACAACAUCGUCAGCCCUUUUGGGGGGCGGCUGGCCUGCUUCCCCCUUAGCGGUGGCAGAGGCCCCUUCCCCUGGGAAGUUCUGUGCGGAGGCGUGGAAGGGGCUCAGGGCUGCAGUGCGGUCCUGCAGCGGGGAACUCCCUGCUGGAUUGGCUGUUGUUUUCAUGGGCUCAGGGUGGCCCUUUGGUUGGGAAAUAGCGCUGUUGCUGGUACAUGGGACCGGCCAGAUGUACAAAGGGGCUUUGGUGAUUUCCACGUGUGGAUACUUGGCCAGCGUGAAACGCCUGUGGCUGGCAGUGGAAUUUCAUUAAUUGAUUGAUUAUUUAAACAGAAUGUAUAUGCCCCUUGAUUGUUUUUUUUAAAAACCCUAAGCAGUUUACAAGAAACAUUAAAAUUAUCCGUACAAACAGUUAAAAACAAGUAAUUAAAAGCAUGUAAAAAACGAUUAAAACAGCAGCAAAGUAAAAAGACGCAUCAGCAUCAGGGUAGGCUUGCCUAAACAGAAUUGUUUUAAGCAGGCACCAAAAGGAAUACCGUGAAGGUGCCUGCCUGGCGUCAACAGGCAGGGAGGUUCAAAGUGUAGUUGCUGCCACACUAAAAGAACAAUUUCUUACAAGUGCAAAACAAGUACUAUGUGCACCUGUCACAGCGCCAAUUCCAUAGACUGAAGCGCUCGAGUGGGCACAUGUGGGGUAAGGCGAUCCAUCAAGUAAAGUGAGCCCAAGCUCUUAAGGGCUUUAUAUACCAAUAGUAAUACCUUGAACUUGGCCCAGUAACAAACCUGCAGCCAGCACAAAUCUCCGGGGAGGGGUCUCACUCCUGUCAGCGACCGUGCUGCAGCCUUCUGCACUAACUGCAAUUUCUGCGACAAGCCCAAGGGAAGCCCAUGUAGAGAGGGCUGUGGCCAAGCUGUGGAAUGCGUCUGCCUGUCGGUUUGCACCGCAAGGGUAGCUGUGGCUUCUUGCUACGUACAAUCACAGCUGCUUUUGGAGAAACCUUUUACCUCUGCUUGUUCACCACCACGUUGAGGCUAUUAAAUUGCUUCUUAGUCCAGACCAGCUUUGUUCCAGAUGAGUACUGGCAGUCACUUGAAGUUGCCCAUCGUAUGGCUUUCAAUUAUGGCUACCUGACCUGGGAGUGGACAGAAGGCCUGCGGAGCCACCUCUACCCUCUGCUGUUUGCAAGCAUCUAUAAAGUGUUGCAUCUGCUUAUGAAGGAUGAUGUUCAGCUGCUGAUCUGGCUUCCUAGAAUUGUACAUGCCUUUCUGGCAGCACUUGCAGAUGUGAAGCUGUACUCCUGGGUGAAGCGGCUGGAUGGUGCAGAGGUGGCCAAGUGGGUGUACUUCUGCCAGCUGUCUUCCUGGUUCACAUGGUACUGCUGCACCAGAACUCUAACCAACACCAUGGAAACUGUCCUCACCACCUUUGCUCUUUGCUACUAUCCCAUGGAAGGCACAAAGCGGGGCAGCAGCCUCCCCUAUCUAGCCCUGGUAGCGCUUUCCUUUACCAUUCGACCAACCGCCAUCAUUCUGUGGGUGCCUUUGCUGCUCCGGCACUUUUGGAAAGAGCACCAGAAGUGGCGCCUCGUCCUGCACAGCUGCAUCCCGGUGGGAUUGAUCACGUUGGGAUCAUCUUUAAUCAUUGACCGAGUAUUUUUUGGUAAGUGGGUCCUGGUUCAGCUGAACUUUUUGAAGUUUAAUGUGCUGCAGAACGUGGCCACUUUCUAUGGAUCCCAUCCGUGGUACUGGUACUUCGCCCAGGGCUUGCCGGUGGUCCUUGGCCCUCAUCUCCCCUUCUUUCUUCAUGGCUGCUUCCGAGCAUCAGAAAAGCACCGCCUGUUCCUGGUGGUGGUGCUUUGGACGGUGGCGGUGUACAGCACCUUGAGCCACAAAGAAUUCCGGUUUAUCUACCCAGUGCUGCCUAUCUGCAUGGUGUUUUGUGGGCAUUCCCUUAACCAACUGGAAAAGUGGCGGAAGGCGGCCAUCUCCUUCCUGCUGAUGGCAAACUUGCCGCUCGCCCUCUACACUGGUUUGGUCCAUCAGCGUGGAGCCCUUGAUGUCAUGGGCCACCUCCAAGGCCUCUGCAGCCCACCUUCCACCCAAGAGCGGGCAUCCAUCUUCAUGCUGAUGCCAUGCCAUUCAACGCCUUUCUACAGUCAUGUUCAUUGCCCGCUGGAAUUGAGGUUUCUUCAGUGCCCUCCAGAUUUGACUGGAAGGACAAAUUACCUUGAUGAAGCUGACUUAUUUUACACUGACCCUCUCCACUGGCUCAAAGGAAAGUUUUCAAAUAUUACAUUGCUACCUACACACUUGGUUUUCUUCAGUGCGCUUGAGCAGGCAAUAUCACCAUUUCUAGUUUCAAAUCGCUAUGAAAAAGUGGCCACUUUCUUUCACACCCAUCUACCUCAAGGACGAACUGGAAGCUCUAUUUACAUCUACGAAAGGAAUCAGGAGCAUCUUUGAAGACUGAGACACUUUCCUGUGUAAUUCUAUAUUGUUUAUAGAGAUCACACAUCGGUCUGGUUCAUAUGCGACAUACUUAAGAGAAAUCGAUCUUGUUCACGUUUACUCAGUAAGUUUGCCAAGUUCAGUGGAAUGUGAUCACUUUCCAUUUGGGCGUAGAGAACACACCUGUCCUCUUGACAGCAUGUUCAACACAGCAGAGGCGGCACAAGUGGCCUUGGCAAAACCUUCAGUCUUGCUCAGUGUAUGUACAGCUAUACAAACUUUUAGAAAUAAAAGUAAUUUUUCCAA